CCCCCUCCUUCGGCCUCCUCCUCCUCCUCCUCGUCCUCCUCGCCCUUCCCCGCGGCCGGAGCCUUCCUGAGCGAGCCCGUGAGCAGCUUGGCCGCCGCUUACGGCUCCUCCUUGGCCUCGCACGUGGAGGGGAACCUCGAGCGGUGGGUGCCGGUGGGCAGAUUGAAGUAUUAUUUCGCCGUGGACACGGUUUAUGUGGCGAGGAAGCUGCGGCUGCUGCUCUUCCCCUUCGGCCACCAGGACUGGCAGGUUCGGUACCAGCAGGACGCCCCUGUCGCCCCCGCCCGAUGUCAACGCCCCUGACCUUUACAUCCCGGCCAUGGCCUUCCUGACCUACAUCCUGCUGGCUGGGCUGGCCCUGGGCACCCAAAACAGGUUCUCCCCAGACAGCCUGGGGCUGGUGGCCAGCUCAGCCCUGGGCACCCAAAACAGGUUCUCCCCAGACAGCCUGGGGCUGGUGGCCAGCUCGGCCCUGGCCUGGCUGGUGCUGGAGGUGCUGAGCGUCCUGCUGAGCCUCUACCUGGUGACCGUCAGCACUGACCUCACCCCCAUCGACCUGCUGGCCUUCUCUGGCUACAAAUACGUGGGGAUGAUCGUGGGGCUCGUGGCGGGGCUGCUGCUGGGCCGGCCCGGCUACUUCGCCGUGCUCAGCUGGUGCUGCCUCAGCAUCUUUAUCUUCAUGAUCCGGACGCUGAGGCUGAAGUUGCUGUCGGAGGCGGCGGCCGAGGGGGUUUUGGUGAGGGGGGCCAAGAACCAGCUGAGGAUGUACCUGACCAUGGCCAUCGCUGCUGCACAGCCCCUCUUCAUGUACUGGCUCACCUACCACCUGCUCAGGUGAGGGGGGCGGGGAUUUACCCCCCCAGAUUCCCAAAAUCCCAACAGGAUUCCCAAAAAUCCCAACAGGAUUCCCAAAAAUCUCUGAAUAUUCACAUUGACUUCAAUAAACGGGGUCUGUGGAGAGGUUGGGGUCUGUACUUUGAGUUUUGGGGGGUUUUUGGGGUCUGAACACGCUUUGGAUGAUGAGAGGUAUUGGGGGAACCCUCUUUGGUGCCCCCAAAUCCCCCCCAGAUUCCCCAAAUCCAGAGGGGAUUCCCAAAAAUCCCGACGUGUUCACAGCGGCUCCAAUAAACGGGGUCUGUGGAGAGUUUGGGGUCUGUACUUUGAGUUU